AAAGUCUAUGGAGCACAUUUUUUUAUUGCGACAGAUUUAACCUUUACAGUAACCAUCUACUUACUGUCAAAUGUCAAAACUUUGAACUAUGCGAAAAUUUCGAGUAAAAUUUCCACUAGGUUUGUUGCAAUGUGGAGCGCACAGUGCGUCGUGCUGCUGACGGUGGCGGGCGCGGCGGCGGGUCUGUACUGCUACAACUGCUCGGAGACGCAACACGAGACCAACCAGUGCGGUGGCAGCUUCGGCACGGGUGCCAACUGGUUCAACGCUUCUAGGCUGCGACUGGCUACCUGCACUGGAGACAACGCCAUGUGCUUCGUCCGCUCCUGGUCUGCGCGCGCCAAACACGCGUGGCUGGUGCAGCGCGGCUGCUACAAGUCCGGCCCCGACGAUCCGCUGCCGCGCUCCGUGCGCAGCCCCACGCGGGCCAUGUCGUGCAAGCGAGAGAGGUACAAAGACGCCGAAUACAAGGUGUGCCUCUGCCAAGCGGACUGGUGCAACCCUGCGCAGUUGCACACACCACUGCAUGUGACCGCCGUGGUCGGAUUAACGAAUGUAUUACGAUGCUUGUAUCUGCCAUAGUCAUUAAAUGAAUCAUAC